AUGAAAAAGUCGAAUGUGAACGAGCUCAAAACAGGUCUUCUGGAUGGAGGUGCAACCAACGCCUUGCGUGUUGGGACUGCUCAGGAGCUGGCCGAUGCGGUGCCAGUUCAGGUAGAGUUGGCGGCUGGGACCGCUCAGCUCUUCCAGGACCCCAACACUGGAACUCUCUUGACUAAGGAGGCUGUUGAACCGAUUGUACCGUUGAGGGGGCUCAUCAACUUAGGGUACCGAAUUCAAUGGGAUACCAAUGGUUGUGUCAUCGAACACGGAAAACAUGGCCGAAUCAAGUGCUGGUUGCGAAAUGGAUGCCCUGUAGUUCUUGAAAACCAUGCAUUGCUGUUGAUCGACGAGAUCGAGGGGUAUGAACGCUUUCAGCGCCUUGGUCCAAAAAUUGCCAUGGGUCAGGUAACGGAAGAGGUCAUGGAGUGGUGGUCCCAACGGUUCCCUUUGGUACCCGAGUCGGUGGUCCAAUACAUGGUAGGGCAGGGGGAGAGUUGGGACUCGUCUCAACUGCCUUGGAACAGGAAAAUGCGGAAGCGGUUUCAGGGAGCUAAGGGUCUGGUGAUCCACCUGUUUGCUGGUGGUGGGAACAGUUGUAAGGAUUGGGAAAAGGGUUGGCCGUCUGGAUACGAAAUGGACCCUGCUGGAUAUGCCGGGGAAAAGCAAGCACCGAGUUUUUGGGCGUGGCCGGAAUGGGAAUAUGUUUCAGCAGACCAGCAGUUGGUCAUGCUGGGCUCCUGGUCUGAAAAAGGUGGUGCGGGUCCGGGGGAGUCAUGGGGUGAUGGCCUGGAAGAAGAUGAGUACGCACUGUGGCCUGAAGAAAACGCGGAAGAACCUCCCUCCGCGGGAGCACCGAAGGUGUGUGAAGAAAGACCCUCAGGGGAAUCAAGCCUUUCUGUUGAGGAAGGGAAGGUCCAUGGUGAAAAAGAGAGGGUUGACCCGCUCAAAGCACAUGUGGAUGAGUUGAGUCAGCCUCUCCGAGUGCGGCAUGUGACCCUGGCCACAACGCUGACCAGCCGUCGGGCAGGGGAAGUGCAACAUGGCCUGAAUUCUUAUCCGCACCAGUCCGUGCCUGGUGUGCCCGGACAGGAUGAACCCCAAGAUGAUUAUGAACCCAGUAUUGCUCCUACUGACAUCAACGGCGCCUUGGAUGACGGGGUUGAUCCGUCCGGUCUCUUGGAUGACGGAGUUGAACUGUCCGGUCUCUUGGAAGACGGGGUUGAUCCGUCCGGUCCCUUGGAAGGCGGGGAUGAUCCGUCUGGUGCCUUGGAUGCUGGGAAUGAUCCAGCAGGUCGUGAAAUUGGGGGGAGCGAUGCUGGGAAUGUGGAUGGCCAGCGGAAGCCGCUGGGGGGGAGGUUGGAGCAGGUCUUUGUGGAACAACAUGCGUCCAUUCAAGCAAAAAUCCAGGACCUUUUAGGUGAAGAUCCGUCGACUGAGGUACGAUCUCUCGCCCUUGCUAAGGUGACAGCGAUGGAAAAGACCACUGCAGCUUGCGCUCUGUUGGCAUUGGCGGUGGAAAUGAAGCUAACGCAUGCGGAUGACGAUGCGUGGGCUCCCACCACAACUGCCGUGCUCGCUGCUGCCGUGAUGGCAUUCUUCUACUGGCUGAGGGAGCUUAUCCGAUGUUUUGAGUUGGUCAUUGCCGAUCCAUGUAUAGGUUGUGGCUCACUUGGAUCCGAAGAAGGUAGGGGUCUACGGGACGUUUUUAUUCCCCAGGUGAGAAGCCCAGUUAGCAGUUUUGCAGAAUCUGUACAGUGGUUGAAAGACUAUGUACAGUGGAAAGAUGCCAGGGCGGCCCGAAGGGCUGCGACGAAUGAAAGUUCGACGGUUCACCAAGUUACAACGUUGGACUUGCCUGAGAAUAGUGGAGGGCUUGGGGAAGAACAGUCAAGAAACAAACAAGAAAGACAGGAGGGUUCACAGUAUUACCCUCGCGUGAAAGCCAUGGCGAUGUCAAAGGCGAAAGCGGCUGCAAGCAGUGCGGCCGGCACUGGCAGUGCUGGUAGUGGCUAUGGUGUUGGUGGUUUUGGUGGGGUCAACAUCAAUGUGAAUGUGCACACCACGACCGAGGACGCUGCGGGGUCUAUGGGGACCGUUGGUGCUGUGAGAAAGCCAAGCGUUGGUGCUGUGGGAAAGCCAAGCGUUGGUGCUGGGACAGACCCAUCAGAUGGCAUCAAUCUUCCAACUGCGAGCGGUGUGAUUGGACCGGGGCCUUGGCACAUGGCUGCCUUUAGCCAGCCUCCGACGGUCACGAAAGACAAAUGGUCGGAGGUGUCCAUGGAGGGCUUGAAUGGUGGGAAAUUCUUGGUGCGGACGCACGGUGCAGCCCGAUACCAGGGGUUUCACCCAUUGCACAAGGGUUGUCCCUCUGGUGGGAACAAAUUGGAGCCAGCCCGGGUGCAAAUCCGUUUUCCUGUUCACCAAGAAGAAAGGAGUGAGCCAAUCGUCAUCGUCAACGACUGGCGAGAUGCACCGACUCGCGAAAGAGAAUACCAGUGGAGAGGCUAUACAUUUUUCAAAUUGAAAAAUGAAGAGCGCACCUUGCCCAGUGAUUUGCCACCGGAGUUCCCAAGCUCCACCUACGUCGCGGCCGGUGAUGGUGUGACCUACACCGGCGGAGAUGGGGCUCGAGGUCCGCGAGCCGGUCCGGUGAUUGAGCCACCAAUGCCUGCCGGAGGAUCCAGGGCAUCGAGACCACUUACCAGGGAGGACUGCUGGGAACAUAUCUAUGAUGGACCUGUGGAAGAAGUGUGA